AUGCGCUGCAGCUGUACGGUGCAUGCCCCCUUGCGCCCUGACUUUGCUCAGAAAGCCACCAGGGCUGCCUCGCCACUGGAUUUGGAAGCUGCUUUGCAGCUGGUCUGGCCAACGUCUCCUUUCUUCUUGCACGGACAGUUCUGGGUGGUGGUGGAGGAGGAGGAGGAGGAGGAGGAAGGAGGGCCAGCCAUGUGCCAACAGGUUGCCUUCGACUCGUGGCAACCCUGCCGGCUGCCGGGCCGGGCCGGAGGCAGCCCUCAUCCUCCGGGGCUUGCUGUUGUGUUUGCUGCUGCUCCUGUUGCUGCUUGGAGAUGGACGGACCCACUUUGUUUUUCCCCCUUCUUCUCUUUAAUACUGGGUUGUGAGAUCCUGAAUUGGUUGAAGGACUCUGUUUUCUGGAAUUUAAUGAUGAUGGAGGAGGUGGAUCAGCUGGCAAAGGAGUAUGAGCGGUGCAGCAAGGAGCUGCAGCAGGCCUACUGUGAGCUCAACCGACGGAUCCGGGAGCACGACAAAUGCCAGCAGAAGCAGAGGAGCAAUGCUGAAAUCACUCUCCGUGCAAUUUCCGAUGCGGAAGAGCUUGUGGAGAGGCUGCGGGCCAUUGCCAGGGAGGCGGAGGAGAAGCUCUCCAUGGCCCGGCUCCGGCUGCGAGAACGGACAACGCAGGAAGGGUCCGAGGGGGAGUUCCGCGGCCUCAGGUGCUCUGUGCAGGAGCUGGACGACGUGCUUUUGAAAGACGUGGGCGGAAGAAUUCAAGCAGAUGGGCGGUGGCCUGUGAUCAUUGACUCCUCUGGCCAGGCAGCCAUUUUCCUACAUUAUCGGGACACCAAUUACCUGAGCACAGUGAAUCCCAGUGACAUGGACGUGGAAACGAUCCGCCUGGCGUUGCUGGGUGCCCUUCGGUAUGGAAAGCCCCUAGUCUUUGACAUGAUGGAAAUCAACAUGUUUGACACAGUGAAGAAGCAGCUGGAACGGAUCGAGACAGGACUAGUGGAAGCAGUGCUGAGCAAGAAGAUCCUGGAACAUGAGAGGUAUCUCUCCCUCGUGAGGCCGACAGACGGACCUGAAUAUGCAGAGACUGAAUUUCAAGCAGCUCGCACAGAAAAAUUCAAACUUUUUGUGGUCACCAAGUGUGCGCAUCCACCAGAGGAGCUUCUGCAGCGCCUCCUCCCAGUCCAAGUCGUCCUGACCAAGAGCAGUCGAAGGCGACGCUUUCGAGGUGAUCAGUUCCCCCGGAGGCUCCCCUUGGCCCCGUGAAAGUUCAGCACUGAGCACGCACAGCCCAAGGGGCGUUGAGUUCCUUUGGCACCCGUAAGCAAGGAAGACGGCAGCCUUGACUACAGAAGAAAAUAAAUUUCUCCCCAGGAAAGGCACCACUUUUGAGCCCCUCUUCUGUGCACCUUCUGUAGCUCGCUCGCCCAUGCUCUCAGGCUUGGAUGAGAUUCGAUCGGCGUCUCUCCCUCUUGACAAACAGGCAGGAAUAUAUUUCCCACCCACCACCAUAUCACGAGUCUCCAGUGUCCUGGGAAGGGGCCACAGACU